AAAGUGCUGGGAUUACAGGCAUGAGCCACCGCGCCAGGCCUGUAACAUUUUAAAAUAUAGUAUACAUGGUUUAUUUUAGUUACACUUUUCCACGUCCUAAAGUAUUUCUCGAACGUACUUCUGUCAUUAAAUAUUCAUCUGCAACUUAAUCCUAAAAUAAUGACGUUGCAGCCCAUUACAUUGGUUUUCUUUUAUUUCCACUGCAGACCCAAGUAUCCCUCAUCCUCCUCCAGUCCCUUCGGCAUCCUGAGCCUGUGACUGCCCCGCUUCAGUCUUUCCUAGGCCACAUCCCCAAACCGCUAGGCCAGGUCGUUUCCCUGACGCCCUCCAGGCCAGCCUGUGGCCCGGCCCGAGCAGACAUUAGUGACUUAAAUGCUGAGAUGCCAGAAGACCUGGGCUGGGGAAUGAAUUCCCAGCCCAAACUUAGCCACCCGUCUUUAUCGGGAUUGUGGCCCAGGUCAUGGAAGCCCCAGGCCCGGGCCGACUCCUAAUUCGUGGCAUGGCCAGGAGUCGCCCUCUUCUGAUCCACCCCAAAGCGCGGCUCCCUGUGGAGGGAACCCUGGGUGGUCUGCUCCCUGGCUUUUCACUGCACUUCUGAGAGGCCUCUGGGCACACACACAAACCCCACUCCCUGACCCUCCGUUUGGGGCAAGGGCGGCUGCAGCCGGGUUAACUUCGCCGACUCUGGAAGCCCUAGCGGCGGGCCGGGCCGCCCCUUCCCGCGUUUGCGGCUACAUUUUUCUGAAGCCUCCACGGCCCCACAGCCUUUUUCUAGCCGUCAGCGGCCACCUAUUGCUGCCUGGGCCUGUGUAUUUGCCCAGGUCCUGGGAGGGUGCUCUGGCGCGUCUGGGCAGUCUGGCCUUGGCUUCACUGGAGGCGGGGAACUGGACAUGACGGUGAGUGCCAGUGACCGUAGUGCGGUCCAGGCCCCUGGUGGCGCACCCACCUCUGGACUACAUUUCCCAGGGGGCCCCGCGGCCCAACCACUUCCGGCCGAAGGGGGCUAGUCCGCGUGACCUGGAGGGGGUUGGAACGCAAAGGGCUGGAACGUCCCGGGCUGCGGAGCUCCUUGGGUUGGGAUGAACUUGUUCAGAGCUGAGUGCUAGCACGCCGAAGGGGGCGGUGAGGCGUCCCGGCGCGGGACUGGGGUUGUCUGGAGUUUAAAAGUCAUGUGGCUCUCGGAGAUGUGCGGACUGCAUGCCCGGGCUUCACCGCUAAGGGAGCUCAGGGCUGUGCGAUGGGGAAGGAAGGGAGUGUCGGGGCAGUGCAGUCGGGAUGGGAGGAGAGUGUCAGGGCUACUGGCCCCCAGGUCGGGAGAGGGCAGUGUGGGGCCGCGCGACUGCAAGGAGUGAGUGUGGUGUGAGGCUGGCGCAGGAGCGGGCUGGGAAUGUUAGGAGGUCUGGGGUAUCGCGGCCCUGCGUCCUCUUGGCUGGACUAAAAGACUGCAGUUCUCCCCGGACCUGGAUUGUGCGCCCAGCAACAGGUGCUUGGCGAUCUGUGCUCGAUGUGCCCGCUGGGCUGUGGUGGGAGCCCUGUCUGCACGGGAUUCUGUGUGGCUGAGCAUGAAUCCAGAAGAGGAGAGAACUGCCGUGCAUCUGAAGUGAUGGCAGAGGACUUGAAGUUCAAAGAUGUGGUCAUUUACUUCUCUCAAAAGGAGUGGGAAUGCUUGCACUCUGCUCAGAAGGAUUUGUACCGAGAUGUAAUGUUGGAAAAUUACGGCAACCUGGUCUUACUAGGGCUUUCUGAUACUAAGCCAAAUGUGAUCUCCUUAUUGGAGCAGAAGAAAGAGCCCUGGUUGGUUAAGAGGAAUGAGACAAAAGAAUGGUGUCCAGAUUGGGAGUUUGGAAGAGAAACCAAGAAUUUCUCUCCAAAGGAAAACAUUUAUGAAAUUAGAUCACUGCAACAGGAGAGGGUCAGAGCUAUCAGAGAAAUCAGAUGCCAGGUGGAGAAACAACAGGGUCUCCAGGAGGGACAUUUCAGACAAGCUGUAAUACCAUUUACUUCCGUGCAGUGCACAGCCCAUAGAGAACAUCAAUGGAUUCAUACUGAAGAGAAAUCCUAUGAAUACAGGAAAUGUAAGAAUGCUUUCAGGUGCCAGUCAUGUCCUAUUCAACAUGAAAUAAUUCAUAAUAAGAAAAAAGACCCUAAAUGUGGAGAACAUAGGAAAAUCUUUAAUGGUGGAUCAGACUUGAUUAAGCAUCAGAGGCUUAAUGAAAGCAAAAACCAUAGUGAAAAUAACAAAUGUGCUUUUAAUCGUGAUUCUGGAAUUACUCAACCUCGGAGCGUUAAUACUGGAGAGAAACCUCAUAAAUGUAAGGAAUGUGGGAAAGCCUUUCAUUCCAGCUCACAACUUAGUCAGCAUCAGAGGAUGCAUCUUGGCGAGAAACCCUAUAAGUGUAGGGAGUGUGGGAAAGCCUUUCCAUCCACCACACAGCUUAAUCUACAUCAGAGGAUCCAUACUGAUGAGAAAUACUAUGAAUGUAAGGAGUGUGGGAAGGCCUUUACCCGUCCCUCACACCUUUUUCGACAUCGAAGAAUCCAUACUGGUGAGAAACCCCAUAAAUGUAAGGAAUGUGGGAAGGCUUUUCGUUAUGACACACAACUGAGCCUUCAUCAGAUAAUCCAUACUGGUGAAAGACGCUAUGAAUGCAAGGAGUGUGGGAAGGUGUACAGUUGUGCCUCACAGCUGAGUCUACAUCAAAUAAUUCAUACUGGUGAGAAACCCCAUGAAUGUAAGGAAUGUGGGAAAGCCUUUAUCUCUGAUUCACAUCUUAUUCGACAUCGGAGUGUCCAUACUGGGGAGAAACCCUAUAAGUGUAAGGAAUGUGGGAAGUCCUUCCGUCAUGGCUCAGAACUUACCCGACAUCAGAGAGCUCACACUGGUGAGAAACCCUAUGAGUGUAAGGAAUGUGGAAAGGCCUUUACUUGUAGCACAGAACUUGUUCGACAUCAAAAAGUUCACACUGGGGAGAGACCCCAUAAGUGUAAGGAAUGUGGGAAGGCUUUUAUUCGAAGGUCAGAACUCACUCAUCAUGACAGAAGUCACACUGGUGAGAAACCCUAUGAGUGUAAGGAGUGUGGGAAGGCCUUUGGUCGUGGUUCAGAACUUAGUCGACACCAGAAAAUUCAUACUGGUGAGAAACUAUAUGAAUGUCAGCAGUGUGCAAAGGCCUUUAUUCGGGCCUCACACCUUAGUCAACAUCAAAGAAUUCAUUCAGGAACCAGGAGUGAAUGAAGAAAUGAGGGAUGGCUCAGAAUUUGAUUAACAUGAGAAAAUUCAUACUGAUUUGGAAAAAUAAAAACCCAUAAUUCUAA